AUGUUUCUUGUUACUCUCUUUUUAGUGUUGACUUUGCCUGCUGUGAUCGGGAAUUACGAACAAGAAGACAAGUACAAAACUGAUCCAACGCCUAUUGUUCUCUGGCACGGUAUGUUAAGCUUUGGGGGUUUGGUGUCAAGAUUAACUUACCUUAUAAGACGUAUAAUACCUCUUGCUUAUAUAAAGUCUUUGAAGAUCGGUUCUAGCGGAUAUUCAGACUAUAAGAAUUCAUUGUUUAUGGAUGUGAACAGACAGGUGAAGCAAGCUUGCGACAUGAUCGCUGAUGACCCAAAUCUUCGACGGGGCUACCAUGGCGUUGGAAUCUCGCAAGGAGGGCAGUUUUUGAGAGCAGUAGCGCAAAGAUGCCCUAACCCUCCAAUGUUCAACCUGAUAACUCUAGGAGCACAACACCAAGGAUACUAUAGUUUGGGAAAAAAUUUAUUUUCCUUACCGGAAUUUUUUGUAGAUAAGCACUCAUACUGGGAAUAUAUUCGAAAAAAGAGCAUUGUCGUCAAUCAACUUUGGCAUGACCCUAUCAACCAUAACAAGUACGUUGAGGAGAACACAUUCAUCGCGGACAUAAACAAUGAAAAGACGUUGAAUGUCGAGUACAGGACGAACCUACUCAAGCUUAAACACUUGGUUCUUGUCAAAUUUGAUCGGGAUUAUAUGGUGGUGCCACGAGAUUCUUCUUGGUUUGGAUUUUACACUGAGGGACAAGAUAAGGAAAUAACAAACAUGAUCAACUCAAAACUGUACAUAGAGGACAGAAUCGGACUGCAAAAACUGUUUAAUAAUGCAAGGCUUCAUACAAUCGUGUGUCCAGGGCUGCAUAUUCAGAUUGAAAAUGACUGGUUUGUAGAUAACAUAGUGUUACCAUGGUUGACUCAGACCUACUGGGACGAAACAGUACAGUUAUCAUAA